UUUUUUCUCCAUUUUCAAUGAAUAUAUGCGCUCGCACUGUCUUACAACAGUAUCCAUUCGGAGGAGUGUGAGCGACAGGACUCUAACCUCUCUUUCCGACCUCGCUCGCAGGCUGCCAGUGAGUCGCGAUGGCUGAAACAGAAGAAACCGGCAUGUCGUUCGCAGAACGCAUGAUGAAGAAUAUGGGCUGGUCGCAGGGUAAAGGUCUCGGCAAGCAGGAAGAAGGCAUGAAAGACUUCAUAAAACCGAAGAUGAAGUUCAACACCAAAGGAAUCGGAUUCAUGGGCGUCGACAACAAAUGGGUUGCUCAUCAAGAGCACUACGACGAUCUUCUGACGUCUCUCAACAAGGGAGAAAAACCUGCCGAGAAAAAAGACAUCGCUUGUUUGACCUCUUCUUCGAAGCUCCGAGGCCGCACAAAAUUUUACGGGAAAAUGAUGCGCGGGAAGGAUCUCUCAAAUCGGAGCUCUCAGGACCUCAGUGCAAUAAUCGUGUCGAAGAGGGAGGAAUGUGAGAAGGCCGAGACGGCGCCUCUGGCCUCAGAGCUCAACGGAACUCUCAACGCCUCUCAGGUCUCUAUGACCGACUACUUCGCUAAGAUCAUGGCGCAACGGAAACCAACACCCAACGAGGAGAAGGACGGCAUGGUGCGGAAAAGUCCGGGGAAUCGGGCUUGUAGUGAGGAACCCAAGGAUGAAGAAGUCUCAGCCGUCCAAAAGAAGAAAAAGGAUUCUAAGAAGAAGCGAUCCAGAGAUUCUCGGGAUUCGAGUGCAUCUAUCGAGCCGGAGCCCGCACUCACGGAGUCGAACGACACGAAGAAAAAGAGACGGAAAAGUGAGAAGACAGGGUCGGUCGAAGGCAGAGCAGCCUCGAGUGGAUCGAUUUCCGAAGAAAACUCAAUCGAAGGCGACGAAGAGCGGAAGAGCGCGGAUAAUCCACCGGAGGGGCAGGAGAAGAAGAAGAAGAAGCGCACCAUCGACCCGGAUGAUAGAGAGGAGAGCCAAUCAGUCAAAAAGACUAAGAAAUCGAAACCUGUUGACUGUGAAGGGACUCUGGAGCAGGAAACGCCAGUUGACGCACACAACUACGAAGAGCCGAUGAAGCGGAAGAAGAAGAAAAAGGAGAAAGGCACCGCGGAUGCGUGUGACGAGCUUGCCGGAAACGAGGGAGUCACUGAACAUGUGGGCCUCGCCGAUAGGGAGGCCAACAUAGCUACGAAGACGAAGAGCAAAAAAUCGAAAGAUAGCACCCCACAAGAAGAUUCCGACAUUCCCGACGAGGGCUCGCGCCUCAACGUCGACGUCAAGCUCCUGAAGAAAAUUCGAGGGUCCAAACUCGCCAAGAGCAAGGCUGCGCCUACAAGUGACCUAACCGAUGAGCAGAUACUCCAAAUCUAUGAGAUGUGGACCUCCGGGAAAUACGCGAAAUUCAUGAGUAUGGUUCACUCCGGAGAGCUGCCGCGAUGGGUGGCUGUUGAAGAGGCGCAGGUGAACCGGAUGAUUUCGGGCCGAACUAAACUCAUCGACCUGUCGGAUGUGCGCGAAGUUGUACAAACAAGAUGGAAGAAUGCGAAUGUCGAUGAGAUUUGGGGCUACACCAAUUUGGCGUAUCUUGCCGUCUGAGAUAGCAUUUUUGUAUCAGGGCUCAUUUGCAUAAAUUCUCACCCUAAAGAUAAUUUAAUAAAGUUCAACUUUUGCGGU